UAACCACUCCCGACUUCAGAAUCUAUGUAUUCUCGGUUAUAAUGGCGCCUCUGUAUCAAAAGCGACCACUGGUGGCGAGAGAUUGCAAAGAAAUUUGAGGAAUGUGUUCAGGAGGCCCUAAAGAAUCGUCGUCUGCUCUUUAUAUUAUCCACAUCAUCAAAAAAUUAUAAAAUAUUGAAAUUGAAACAAUAGGAAGAAUACAGAAUGAUACACUUAUGGACUCUGGUGAACUGCGGUGUAUGAUACAUCAUGGAGGGAAAUAUAACAUUGAUUCAUAAUGAAAACCAUAUCGAAGUCGAUAAGCAAAAACUUGCAUCCAAAAGUUGUUACUUUGCUUCCCUAUUUUCGCAUAAUUUUAACGAUUCUCAUAACAAGGAAUAUGUUAUUAAUUAUAACAUAACCUUUUCUACUUUACAGAAUUUUGUUGAAUGGAUUCAGGAUGACGAAGCCCCUACAUACUCGCAAUAUAAUUCUAUAAAAGUUUCUUUGAUAAAAUUUAUAAAACAUGACUUUAUAGAAUUAUUAAAUUUAUUACAAUUGAGUAUAUUAUUUGCGGCUGAUGAAUUAUCAGAUGAUGUUACAGAUGUUAUAAUUUCACAUUGGUUGUUACCAGAGAAAAUCAUUGAUAUAUGGUUAUUGGCUCAAGAAUUGAGUUUAAAAACAUUACAAGAUGUUUGUCUGUCAGUCUGUUUAGAUCGCUUUGAAGAGUUACCUGUACCUUUGCUUACUGAAUUAACCAAAGAUAAUAUUACUCAAUUAAUUGCAAAUGUUAAUGUAAGGUCUUCCAUAGAGUACCUGAAUUUGAUAAGAAAUGAAUGGAUGAAAUACCACCGGACAUUAGAUAUCAUGGAAAUAAAAGAUAAAAGAGAGUUGAAAUUCAUACAUGGCACUAUUAUUUAUAAUAUGUGUGAGUCUGUCAAUAAGGAUGCAUUUUUAUAUACCUGGAAUGGUAAUGAUUUAUCCAAAUGCAUUCAGUUGAAAAAUGUCAGAGACUCUGGUAGUGACAUAAUUGGAAUGCAAGUUGCAAGUAGAGGUUUCAGUAUGUAUACAAUUGGAGGAGAAAAGGGUUUGGGAACUGGGAAAUUUAAUGAUAUCAUUUGGCGUUAUUGUCUCUUAUCAAAAAAGUGGUAUUAUCAAGCACAUCUACCUGUUCCCAGAAGGCACAUGGUAGCUGUGUUUUUGAAAGAUAAAUUAGUUGUGGCAGGUGGUGUAGGGAGGCGUAGAUUGAAAUUGAAUACAGUUGAUAUUCUUCAUAUUCAUUCUGGUAAUUGGACAAAAUGUACAAGUAAAAUGCCUGAAAGUUUUACCGAAGUUCCGCCACACUGUGUUUUUAAUGGCAAGCUGUUUCUCUUAAAAUCAUCCAUUUACAUUUAUUCUAUAGAAACCAAUGAUUGGCAAAUCAUAUCGAUUGAAAAUCCUGCUAGACAAAGUGUAGCGUUUCUCACGCAUGAUAGAACAUUAUUUUCAACUGGUGAAUAUUUAGGCGAAAUGGUUCUAUCAAGAAUUGAUGCAAAAGUGUCGGUUUGCGAGAAGGGAGAUUGUUUACAGCAAUGCGUAGAGCAUAGAGUAAUAAACAUCAUGGAUACUGUACCUGUUCAUCAAGAUGAUUCGUAUCGAAUAAGGUACGUGUGUGUCGGUGGUUUUGAUAUAAUAAUAUUGAAUACUGAUCGCGAUGAAAAGCAUCAAUAUUUGCACCUCCAUACACAGAGAAGAAAAGAUUUCGAAAAUUGUUUUAUUCCCACAUUAAGAUGUAUUAGCAUUAUCGAUCCGAAUACUUUAUACGAUACUUUGUAAUUUUGAAAUUAGACUAAAGUAAAGCAUUUCAUAAGA